AUUCGAUAUCGGGCACACUCGUUCAUUCAGUGCGCAUGGCAACUUUCUUCGACCGCUAGUACGCAUGCGCGAAUCGUGUCAAACGGUGACGGUGCGGCUCUCUCCGAGUUAACCUCUUACAUUUAUUUAUUGUGAAAAUAACAAAAUAAUUAGUCAAAAUGCAUAAUGAAAUACUUGGAAUGCGUAUUAAUUCCACGCUAGUGGAUAUAGCAAAUGUGUCUUCGUGUUUAUUUUGUUUGUAUAUGUUAAGUAAAGCGUUUUUGGUUCCGUUUUAUACCUACGUUAUUGCUCCUAAGUUUAACAAAGUGAAUUUCAAAGCAUAUGGAAAAUGGGCAUUGGUUACGGGUUGCACCGAUGGUAUUGGCAAGGAGUACGCAAGACAGUUGGCCGCUGUGGGCUGUGAUAUCAUUCUAGUCAGCCGUUCUAUGGAGAAGCUGCAGGCGACCGCUCAGGAAAUAGAAAAGGAUUUCAACGUUUCGACGAAAAUCAUUCAAGUAGACUUCACUGGUGGUGAUGAGAUCUACGAUACUAUUGAAAAGGAAAUAGCAGGGCUUGAGAUUGGAACCCUCGUCAAUAAUGUUGGAAUCUCCUAUACCUACCCAGAAUACUUUCUGGACUUGGUCGAAAUGGACAAGGUCUUCCAAAAACUUUUGAAGGCCAACAUCGUGUCGGUGACUCGUAUGACCCACAUGGUUUUACCUGGUAUGGUAAGCAGGGAGAGGGGUAUCGUCAUCAACAUUGGAUCCGCUUCAUCCAUCAUCCCCAGCCCUAUGCUGACUGUCUACGCUGCUACUAAGGCUUACGUUGACAAGUUCACCGAGGGUUUAGACAUGGAAUACUACAUGAAGAACAUUCUUUUUCAAUGCGUAAUGCCUGGAUUCGUUUGCUCCAACAUGUCAGGUAUCCGAAGGAGCUCUCUCUUCGCUCCCACAGCCAAAACCUUCGUAAAAUCUGCUCUAAGCCUCGUCGCUGUUGAGAAGAGGACUGCCGGCUACUACCCUCAUGAGUUCUUCGUUGAUUGUCUCAAUAUCCUAGUAACAGCUUCCUACAACUUCGGAGUAUGGAUCGUCACCAGGUCCAUGAAGAACAGCCGUCUGAAGUGCCUCAAGAAAAUGAAAAAACAGACAGGAAAACUGGGUGCCUAAGUUAAUUUAUUUUUAGGAUAAUAACACUCCUUGUUUCGUUUACGUA